GCGCCUCUCCCCCUCCCCUACCCCAUAUCGUGUCCCAGUACGGGCAGCUAGAACGACGUCGCGGCUCCAAGGACGCUGUCGUCGACUCCCAAGGUUUACACACAUAUACCACAGGCAUAUAGGCGUAUAUAUAUAUCCCACACCGUCAUCAUGAAGAACGUUCUCGCCCUGGGCGCCGCCGCCCUGCCCCUGCUAUGCCUCGCGGGGGCCGCCGCCGUCGCGCCUCGCGACGAGCCCACCUACGACGCCGUCAUCAUCGGGGGCGGCCCGUCCGGGCUCAGCGCCCUCAGCGGCCUCGCCCGCGUGCGGCGCAACGUCCUGCUCAUCGACUCGGGCGAGUACCGCAACGGGCCCACGCGGCACAUGCACGACGUCAUCGGCUUCGACGGCGUCACACCCGCGUACUACCGCUGGGCUGCGCGGCAGCAGCUCUCGCACUACGGCACCGUGUCCGCGAUCAACGGCACCGUGACGAGCGUCGAGCCGGUCCCCGGCGACGGCGGCAGCAGCGGCGCCGAGACGCUGUUCCGGGUCCUGACGACGUUCGCGAACGGGACGGCGGGCGCGGUCGGGGCGCGCAAGGUGGUGCUCGCGACGGGGCUGCGGGACUUGCUGCCGGCGACGCCGGGCAUCGCGGAGAACUGGGGCAAGGGCAUCUUCUGGUGCCCGUGGUGCGACGGGCACGAGCACGCCGACCAGGCGCUGGGGCUGCUGGCGCCGCUGCGCGAGGCCGCCGGGCUGGUGCGCGAGAUCGCCACGCUCAACUCCGACUUCGUCGCGCUCGUCAACGGCACCGACACCCCGGCCCAGCGCGCCGCCGCCGACGCCUCCUUCCCCGGCUGGGAGCGCUACCUCGCGCUGCACAACGCGACCGUCGAGAACCGCACCAUCGCUAGCGUCACGCGCCUGCGCGACGGCGGCGCCGACCCCGCCGACCCCAGCCUGCCCACCGCCCCCGAGCUCGACCGCUUCCGCAUCGACUUCGUGGGCGGCGGCCCCAGCGUCGAGCGCGACGCCUUCUUCACCAGCUUCCCCGACGAGCAGCGCUCCGACGUCGGCCCCGCCCUCGGCGUCCAGCUCUGGGGCGGCCGCCUCGCCGUCGACCCCACCCGCGGCCUCGUCACCAACGUGCUCGGCGUCUACGCUGUCGGCGACGCCAACUCCGACAACGUCACCAACGUUCCCCACGCGCUCUUCACCGGCAAGCGAACGGCCGUGUACCUUCACGUCCAACUCGCCCGGGAGGAGGCCGCCCGGGAGCUGGCCGCUAGUAAUGGGACGGUCCUGGCUACCCGCGCAGCCGCAGAGCUGGACCCACGCGCCAUCUGGGAGCAGAUGAACCCGCGGGGGCUUCUGUACGCCGGCGAGUUCGAUCAGUAGGUAUA